UCUCCUCCUCGUUUCUCGUGACGUCCGCGGUGACUUUAUUAAGGAAGCUAACGGCGCCGCGCUUCUCUCUACUCACACCUACAAACUUCAUUCAUGAAGACAGCCCGCUUGUGCGAGUGACUGUGGGUGUUACACUGAAUGUGUUGUGCUUUUUGCACAAUAAGAGCAGAGAAGUGAAGAAGUGGAGCUGUGGAGAGAGGUGGGUAAAUCUGUAGGCUGUUGUAAACAUGCCGUCGCCUGUUAAAGUUAUCGUGGUUGGGGCUGGGUGCCGGGGAGAAACAUACUCUGAUUAUGCCUCCAUCCAUCCUGAACGUAUGCAGGUUGUAGGAAUUGCUGACCCGAGAAGUUUUGCACGAAACAAGCUCCAGAAACGACAUAAAGUUGCUGAUGAAAACACGUUUGAUGACUGGAGCUGUGUAGCAGAGCGGGAGAAGUUUGCAGAUGCAGUAUUUAUCUGCACUCCUGAUCGCCUUCAUAAGGAUCCUGCAGUGGCUUUGGCAAAAAAGGGAUAUCAUAUACUGCUGGAGAAACCGAUGGGAGUCUCUCUAGAGGACUGCAAAGAGAUUGUAGACACUUUCAUUCAAAGUGGUGUAAUUCUAACAGUGUGUCAUGUUCUCCGUUAUGACCCUGUCAUCAGCAAAAUAAAAACGCUCAUCGACAGUGGGGUUGUUGGAGAUGUGUUCCACAUUCAACACUUUGCACCGGUGGGAUACUAUCACUUUGCUCACUCUUUUGUCAGAGGAAACUGGAGAAAUGAGGCUGAAAGCUCGUUUGCUCUUUUAACCAAAUCCUGCCAUGACCUGGACCUCAUUCAUCACUGGGCUGGAGGACGCAGGUGUAUAAAAGUUUCGUCUUUUGGAUCCCUCAGCCAUUUCAGGAAAGAAAACAAGCCUCCAGGGGCAGCAAGUCGGUGCUUAGACUGUUCUGUAGAGAGUAACUGCCCAUAUUCUGCAAAGAAAAUCUACCUGGACAGAGUUAAAGAGGGCUGGGUGAGAUGGCCAGUGUCAGUGAUCUGCUCCAAUUCGGUUCCUGAUAUUGAGUCAGUAACCGAGGCCUUAAAAACAGGGCCCUACAGUCGCUGUGUCUACGAAUGUGACAACGAUGUGUGCUCAAAUCAGGUUGUAAACAUGGAGUUUGAGGGAGGUCUCACUGCUUCUUUUACCAUGGUGGCAUUUACAGAAGAGAUAUGUGAACGUAAAACAAGCAUCUGUGGCAGCAGAGGGGAGCUGUCCUACAAUGGAAAAGAAAUCAGUGUAUUCGACUUCCUCACUCAGACGUCCACAAAGCAUACAGUGCAUAAGAAUGUACCUGGGGCCUUUAAAUUGGGCACUCAUGGGGUUGCGGAUUAUCACCUUGUUGACGCCUUCAUUUCAGCUGUUGCGAGUGAAGAUCCACUGCUGAUCCAGUCGGGUCCAAAGGAGACAUUUGCGAGUCACAGACUGGUGUUUGAGGCUGAACGUGCCCGUCUAGAGAACAGGGUUGUGUUCUGUGAAACCGACCAUGACUAGGAGACCAAAAUUAAAGGCAAAAAACUGUUUUUCCUUUAUAAACGCAUAAUUACAAUAGGACUGGGCGAUAUGGCAAAAAUUGUAAUAUCACAAUACUUUAAACAUUUCCAUGAUGCACAAUAUGCAUCAUGAUUUUUAAUUUUUCUGUGGUUUGAUAAGCUGUACUGGACACAGUACUGGACACAGUAUGUUUUACCUACUGUACUGCACUAAAUCUAAUUAAACAGGCCUAAUUAUGCUCUGUUUGUAAUGAAGCACAGAGUUGGCCAGUAUUCCUUAACUACUGAUGAUACCAACAAUAUUCUCAGAAAAGCAUAUAGUGACAUAACGUGAUGUAAUUUAUAACACUAAACAAUUAAUAUUGCGCACCCCUAAAAUAGAGGACAUAUUCCUCUAGGACAACGGUUGGGUGGGCUUUUAUGAAGAAUUAAUAAUAAUUAAUAAAGGAGGGAGGGCUAAAACAGUCACUGGUGAAACUGAUUUUCUGCAGUGUGACGUUACUGUGAUUUCCAUAUAUGUAUGUAUAUACACUAUAUUGCCAAAAGUAUUUAGUCGUCUUCCUUCACACGCAUAUGAACUUGAGUGACAUCCUAUUCUUAAUCCAUAAGGUUUAAUAUGAUGUCGGCUCACCCUUUGCAGCUAUAUCAGCUUCAACUCUUCUGGGAAGGCUUUCCACAAGGUUUAGGAGUGUGUUUAUGGGAAUUUUUGACCAUUUUUCCAGAAGCGCAUUUGUGAGGUCAGACACUGAUGUUGGACGAGAAGGCCUGGCUCGCAGCCUCCGCUCUAAUUCAUCCCAUAGGUGUUUUAUCAGGUUGAGUUCAGGACUCUGUGCAGGCCAGUCAAGUUUUUCCACACCAAACUCGCUCAUCCAUGUCUUUAUGGACCUUGCUUUGUGCACUGGUGCGCAGUCAUGUUGGAACAGGAAAGGGCCAUCCCCAAACUGUUCCCACAAAGUUGGGAGCGUGAAAUUGUCCAAAAUCUCUUGGUCUGC